AUGAGGGAAAUGAUCAUUCACCCGAACCACUACUACAUGAUCUUUGAGUACGUCAAUGGAGGUCAGAUGCUGGACUAUAUCAUCUCUCACGGCAGGCUCCGCGAGAGGGCGGCACGCAAGUUCGCCAGACAAAUUGGCAGUGCUCUGGAAUUCUGUCAUCGUAAUUCUGUGGUCCACAGAGGUGAGUCGUGGAAUCUUGUUGCCCCCGCUUCCCACCUUACUCAGCACAAGCUCUUGCCUGCAGAUCUCAAAAUCGAGAACAUCCUCAUCUCAAAGACCGGAAACAUCAAGAUCAUCGAUUUUGGGCUCUCAAAUCUCUUCUCACCUCACUCGCACCUGUCAACGUUCUGUGGCUCGCUGUACUUCGCAGCACCAGAGCUCUUGAAUGCCAAGGUGUAUACAGGGCCAGAAGUCGAUGUUUGGAGCUUCGGCAUCGUCCUGUACGUUCUUGUCUGCGGCAAAGUGCCCUUCGAUGACCAGAGCAUGCCCGCAUUGCACGCCAAGAUCAAGCGGGGUCAGGUCGAAUACCCAGCCUGGCUGAGUGGAGGUGAGCCAAUGUGGAGUAGGCGGCGGCGAAAAGCUUCGUACUAAAUCGAUGGCCUUUCCACUUCAGAGUGCAAGCACAUCUUGUCAAGGAUGCUGGUCACCAAUCCAAAUCAGCGCGCGACUCUGCCCGAAAUCCUAGCCCAUCCCUGGAUGGUCAAGGGGUAUGAUGGCCCGCCAAACGCGCACCUUCCCAAUAGGCAGCCGCUUAGGCCAGGCCAGCUGGACCCAGAGGUGCUUCAAGGCAUGACUGGCUUCGAAUUUGGGGCUCCAGACGACAUCGAAGCUCGACUGACAGAAGUUCUUACCAGCGAAAGCUAUCAGACGGUCCUGCAAGCGUGGGAGGUCAAGCACGGGAUUUCGAGGAGCUCUUCCGGCGCUCAGAUAGCAUCGAACGGGACGAGCACGCCUGCCGAUGCGCCGCUUGGCAGGGCGUCAACCAGGGGCAGCGUUGACUCAAAGUCAAAGACGGGAAGCAAGCGAUUUAGCGGCAUAGACUUUUACCGAAAGAAGAUCAACGUCUUCGGCAGUGGCGCAAGCAAAGAUGAUCCAGGCUCUAAUGGCAUCCUCAAUGGUGCUACAAAUCCCAAUGCGACAUGGCCCGGGGCUGGUAAGGAGCCUUUGGACCCCACGCGUGGCUUCCAUCCCCUUAUUUCUAUCUAUUAUCUUGUGUCGGAGAAGAUGGACCGCGAACGGCUGUACGGACAUUCGUUCUUUGCCAGCUCAAAUGUUUCGCUCAACGGAACGCAGACUGGUCCCUCGAUUAGACCGCCAUCUAUAGUCACAAGCUCAAGCCGGGUGGGCACGUCCAUGCCUACUGCUGCCGACAUUCCACAAGAAGCUCUCCGCGUGCCGGAGCAAUCGCACGUCUCGGCGAAUCGUAAGGAAAGCCCAGGCGUCCCUGUCGAUCUCCCUGCCCCACCUGCAAGCGCUCGCUCGACAGGCUCGACACCAGCCACACCCACUCCAGUCUUCGAGUCGCGCCAAAAGAGUCAGCCUAUGCCGGGGAUGACUGGUCCUCCAAGACCGCGGGCACAGGGCAACGAAUUUGAAGCCGCUUUGCGCGAGAAGGGCUUUGCAGCACCGACUUGGUCUGCUGCGACAGCUCCUGGAAGCAAGAGGUCCGAACCACCCGCGAGCAUUGCGGGCGGCGCUGUCUUUGCUGGAGCCUCUGUGCGGCCAAGUAGUACUGCUCCAGCACAGGUCUCGAACCACAAACGCAGCAUCAGCCUGAGCGGCAAACGCGCGCCCACUGUCGGAAGAAGCUCUGAUCUAGCGCCAGCGCCCUUGGAAAAGGACAUCCCCGUGAGCGCGCCCAGAACUGUGCGCAAGGACGCGGCUCUCAACACUCCGGAUAAGCGCAAGACAUACCAUGGUGCGCUGGCUGAUCACCAGGAUCAAUCAGCCUCUCUGGAGAGCGAGGUCCUUGCGAGCCCAGCAGACAACAGCGCUCUCCCGACCCCGAACAGCGCAGGAAGCACAAGCCUGGUGAGAAGAUUCGGCUCCUUGCUAGGUAGAUCACCCUCGACACCUCUGGACGUCGACAAGCGCCGCCAGCAACGCAUGAGUACGGGGACCAUGUCCCUGUCCAGUAGCCCUACCAACCGGCGUGGAAGCAUACAGGUUGGCAGCGGACUGACAGGUGUCGCAGAGAAUGGAGCAGAGUCGGCGGAGGCAGAUCAGAACGCGCCGAGCUCAGGCGUCAGUUCCAAGAGAAGGUCUAAUCUAAACGAAACAGGUACUGCAAGCCCACAAUCGAUAGGUCGCACUGCAGGAGGCAAGGCUCUUGCGCCGAGCAAGGGUCGUCCCAGCACUCCGGGCUCGCCAUUCGGAGGCUUGAUGUCCGCCGAGCCUGCUUCCGCGCCUGCCGCUCAGAGCAAUGGUGCUGAUUCAUCGUGGCAGGGCGCUGCGCACCCUUCCCAUCUUGGAGCUAUACCACAAAGUCGCAGAGAGUCUGCAGUGCGAUCCGCAACUCUCAAUGCCGGUCACUCUGUGAGCGCGACCAAGGACGCUUCGCCAGCUGUCACUGCAGCGGUGCGCACAGAGACGGAAGGCGAGCGAGAAACAUCGAUCUCCAAGCCAGUCUUCUUGAAAGGUCUCUUUAGCGUGCAGACCACGUCGACCAGACCGCGAAGGGAGAUACACGCCGGCCUCAUCCGAGUCUUUGAUCGAAUUGGCGUGCAGUAUCGAGAGAUCAAGGGAGGCUACGAGUGCGUACAUCUGCCUAGUCUGGACUUUUCAGGUGUAGGCGGCACCCCUACGUCUCUUCCAGAGGGUCAAGGUAACGUGCGAAUUCCAAUUACUCAAGGUGUUUCUUCUCACGGAGUAGUGGAGAACAUGGACGACAGUGAGCAUAUACGUCCGGGAGGUCCAAGGCGAAAGCAGAGUCGCAUCUCAUUCGUCUCGGGCAAGACGAGACUGAGUAAACGCGGCGAGGGUUCCCAAGCAGACUCUGCGAGCAUUCACUCUACGCGAGAAGGCGAAGUGCGGAGCCCCGUUACUUCUCGCAGUAGAGCGAGCUCCAUGACGGCCACUACGCUGGAAGCUGCAUUGGAAGCAAAUGCGAACAGUCCCACAGUCGAGCGUCAGCUGGGUCGUCAACGCACAGACUCUCUCAGCGGAAGUGUCGCGCUUAAUCCUGGCAGCACUUCACGAGAAGCAGCUGCCACGCCUGUCCCAACGACGUCCGGCCCGCCACCCGUGCCUGCAAAGGCGAUGGAUCAGGCGACCGCGCAUGAUCUCGCCGUUCGAUUUGAAAUUUUCGUAGUCAAGGUGCCGCUGCUGCUAGGUGUCAAUGGACUGCAAUUCCGACGAGUGGCCGGCAAUCCUUGGCAGUACUCAAUGCUGGCUCGCCGCGUCCUCCAGGAGCUCAAGCUAUGA